AGGGGGCCACCCACUGCCUCGCGCCCCCGCCCUGCGCGUGUCUCGCGCGCAUUCCGUGCGUGUGAGUGUGUGGGUCUGUCUCGCGCCCGAAGUGCGUGCCCGAGCGCUCCGCCUCGCGCGCUCCCCCUCCCUCGCCCCUCCUGGCCCUCCCACCCCACUCGAUUCCCUCCUUUCCCAGCAAACGCCGCCCCUCCCGCGCUCUGGCUCAGGCUCUGGCGCCGCCGCAGCCGUCGCCGCCGGAAAGGUCAGGAGCCCUGGAAAGGAGAAGGAAUAAGACGACAGGAGGAAGAGAGAGAGAGGAUGACCGUAAGGGGAUCUUCACCCUUGACUUGGUGUUGUCAGCACCACACUCACCCAAGUGAGCCACGGGCCGGCCCUCCAAGAUCACUUUUGAGGUAGAAUGGAAGAAUCUCACUUCAAUUCUAACCCAUACUUCUGGCCUUCUAUCCCCACAGUCUCAGGACAGAUUGAGAACACAAUGUUCAUCAACAAGAUGAAGGAUCAGCUGUUGCCAGAGAAGGGCUGUGGGCUGGCUCCACCUCACUACCCUACCCUGCUGACAGUGCCUGCCUCAGUGUCCCUGCCCUCAGGCAUCAAUAUGGACACAGAGUCCAAGUCAGACCAGCUGACCCCACACAGCCAGGCUUCUGUUACCCAGAAUAUCACGGUGGUCCCUGUGCCAUCUACAGGACUGAUGACUGCUGGAGUCUCCUGUUCUCAGAGGUGGAGAAGAGAAGGGAGUCAAUCAAGGGGUCCAGGUUUGGUAAUCACGUCCCCCUCAGGCUCUCUUGUGACCACAGCCUCAUCAGCUCAGACCUUUCCCAUUUCGGCUCCCAUGAUUGUCUCAGCUCUUCCCCCUGGCUCACAAGCCCUGCAGGUGGUCCCUGACCUCUCCAAGAAGGUAGCAUCAACCCUAACAGAGGAAGGAGGUGGAGGUGGUGGUGGAGGUGGCAGUGUGGCUCCUAAGGCUCCCCGGGGCCGAAAGAAGAAGCGGAUGCUAGAAUCAGGGCUGCCUGAGAUGAAUGACCCUUAUGUCCUCUCCCCUGAGGAUGAUGAUGACCAUCAGAAAGACGGCAAGACAUACAGGAGCGAAGGGAACUGCGGCACAGGAAAUGGACAGAGCCUUGGGCUCAUGGAUUCAGUUCCCGGCUCCACCACGAACUUGCUGUGUGAUCCUGGGUGCCGGAUGUGCUCACUGACAUUCUACUCAAAGUCGGAGAUGCAGAUCCACUCCAAGUCACACACCGAGACCAAGCCCCACAAGUGCCCACAUUGUUCCAAGACCUUCGCCAACAGCUCCUACCUGGCCCAGCAUAUCCGUAUACACUCAGGGGCUAAGCCCUACAGUUGUAACUUCUGUGAGAAGUCCUUCCGCCAACUCUCCCACCUUCAGCAGCACACCCGGAUUCACUCCAAGAUGCACACGGAGACCAUCAAGCCCCACAAGUGCCCGCACUGCUCCAAGACCUUCGCCAACACCUCCUACCUGGCCCAGCACCUCCGUAUCCACUCGGGGGCCAAGCCCUACAACUGUUCCUACUGCCAGAAGGCCUUCCGCCAGCUCUCCCACCUCCAGCAGCACACACGAAUCCACACUGGUGAUAGACCAUACAAAUGUGCACAUCCAGGCUGUGAGAAAGCCUUCACACAACUCUCCAACCUGCAGUCCCACAGACGGCAACAUAACAAAGAUAAACCCUUCAAGUGCCACAACUGUCAUCGGGCGUACACAGACGCAACCUCACUAGAGGUGCACCUAUCUACGCAUACGGUGAAGCAUGCCAAGGUGUACACCUGCACUAUCUGUAGUCGGGCAUAUACAUCGGAAACAUACCUUAUGAAACAUAUGCGCAAACACAACCCUCCUGAUCUCCAGCAACAAGUGCAGGCAGCAGCGGCGGCAGCAGCAGUGGCCCAGGCCCAGGCCCAGGCCCAGGCCCAAGCCCAAGCCCAAGCCCAAGCGCAAGCCCAAGCCCAAGCCCAGGCCUCCCAGGCAUCACAGCAGCAGCAGCAGCAACAGCAGCAGCAACAACCACAGCCACCACACUUCCAGUCUCCUGGGGCAGCUCCCCAGGGUGGGGGUGGUGGGGACAGCAAUCCCAACCCUCCACCCCAGUGUUCCUUUGACCUCACCCCCUAUAAGACGGCGGAACAUCAUAAGGACAUCUGCCUCACUGUCACCACCAGCACCAUCCAGGUGGAACACCUGGCCAGCUCUUAGAGAUCCGUGCUGCCAUCCACUGGGAAGAGGAGAAAGAAGUCCUGGUCCCUUCUUUCUCCAACUCCUCUUGGUGGGAAAAGUCCUCUUCUUCCUUAAUUAGCCUUGGCUUCGUCUCCUUGGGCCUCAGGCAUGGCUUUCAUUCACAAGAUACCAUCCUUAUUCUCAACUCUUCUUCAAAAGGAACAUCAUCAGCCCUCCUGAUUGGCAGAGGAAUACUGAGCUGAUUGUGUAAUCCAGCAGUCUCUCCUCCCAAGCAAACCUUUUAAUAUUGGGGGUUGGUGCUCAAGGGAAGGAUUUGCUGUGACCUCAUAGAAACUUGUCCAGUGUGGGCACUUACUCUGUCCUUACCCUCUUCAUCCUCAAAGUUUGGGCUGAUAGACUAGAGGCUGGCCCUCCCACACAUCAGAGAGAAGGGAGCCCUGAAUGUAACCAGCCUCCUGUUCUGUUCUUGCCUGCAAAAGAACAGAGGUUUCUCAUGAAAACAAAGGUUUUCUCAGUCCCCAAGAGCCAUUUUCUUCCCUACAUUGUCUCACUUCACUUCCUACCUACUGCUGGUAGAAAGAGAUUUGGGUGGGGAUUAAACCUCCUUUUAUUUGUAGGGGGGAAAGGGCUGAGAUGUGGUCCCCAAGGGGCCAGAGAUUCCUAAAGUGGUCAAGGGUGGCUUAGAAGCGUGGGUUAUGGUUUUCCUUGGAGCCUGUCUCUCCCUUCUCUGCCAACCAAGGCCUUGUACUCUCUGUCUCCCCAUCCCAACCCCCAAGGAGCUGUGGGAGCUUUGUGUUCUCUGUGAAACCCUAAAACGAGUGUUGCAGAGAAGGGAGAGUUCAGGGCAAACACAAGGACUGGACUUAGCUCCCUAGGUGCCACGGUCAGGUGCCGGACAUGGAUUUAUAUAUAAAUAUAUAUAUAUAAAUAUAUAUAUAUAUACACCCACUCAUCACGGCCAUCUUUGUUGUAACCAUUUCUGUGUUUAUAAAUGCAUUAUCUCUGAGAA